GAGAGGGGGCGUGUCCCGGCGGCGGAGGGUCUGGAUGGCGGGUCUGGCUGAGGGAGGCUCGGGGCGCCUGUCUCUCUCGGCGGUAGUCUCGCGAGGCGGCGCGGGCGGGAUUUGGCGGUGGCGGCGACGGCUGGAGCUAGAGCUAGGGCUGCCGCCUGCUUGCCUGCUGACGAGAAGCUGGUGGUGUUGGUGUGGGAAGAAGAGGAGGAGGCGGCGGCGGAGGAGGAGGAGAGGGAGCGGCGAGGCGAGGCUCUGAGGAGGCCUCCCGCCUCGGCCCUCACCAUGGCCUCCGGGGACACUUUAUUCAUCGCCACGGACGGCUCGGAAAUGCCGGCGGAGAUCGUGGAGCUGCACGAGAUCGAGGUGGAGACCAUCCCUGUGGAGACUAUCGAGACCACGGUGGUGGGCGGCGAGGACGACGAGGAGGACGACGACGAGGAAGAGGACGACGACGAGGAGGACGAGGAGGAUUGUUGUGAGGAGUGCGGCCCACACCACCCGCCGCACCGCCACCACCGCCACCACCACCACCACCCGCCCAUGAUCGCCCUCCAGCCGCUGGUCGGCGACGGGGACCCGAGCGGGGUGGGCGGCGGGGCCCAGCUCCACCUGCACCACCACCCGCACCACCAGGAGGUGAUCCUGGUCCAGACCCGCGAGGAGGUGGUGGGCGGCGACGACUCGGACGGGCUCCGCGCCGACGACGGCUUCGAGGACCAGAUCCUCAUCCCGGUGCCGGCGCCUUCGGGCGAGGACGAGUACAUCGAGCAGACGCUCGUCACCGUCGCCGCCGCCGGGAGCAAGGCCGCCUCCGGGGCGGCGGGCGGAGGCUCGUCCUCCUCCGCCUCGGGACGGGUCAAGAAAGGCGGCGGCAGCGGGAAGAAGAGCAGCAAGAAGAGCUACUUGGCCGCCGGAGGAGGAGGAGGCGGCGGCGGCGGAGGGGCCGAAGGGGCCGGCGGAGGAGCUGGAGGCGGCGGCAGGAAAUGGGAGCAGAAGCAAGUGCAGAUCAAGACCCUGGAGGGGGAGUUCUCGGUCACCAUGUGGGCCUCGGAUGACAAAAAAGACAUUGACCAUGAGACUGUGGUGGAAGAGCAGAUUAUUGGCGAGAACUCCCCUCCCGACUACUCGGAAUACAUGACGGGAAAGAAGCUGCCACCUGGAGGAAUACCCGGCAUUGAUCUUUCAGACCCUAAACAGCUGGCUGAAUUUGCAAGAAUGAAGCCAAGAAAAAUCAAAGAAGACGAUGCUCCAAGAACGAUAGCAUGUCCUCACAAAGGCUGCACGAAGAUGUUCAGGGACAACUCGGCCAUGCGGAAACACCUGCACACACACGGGCCGCGAGUACACGUCUGUGCAGAAUGCGGCAAAGCCUUUGUGGAGAGCUCAAAGCUAAAGCGACAUCAGCUAGUUCAUACUGGAGAAAAACCCUUUCAGGCCAGGCCUCAGAGAUUAUGUAGGUGUGGGAUGUCUUUCACUGAUAAGUCAUACAGUCUAGUUUACCAGAUCGAGAUGCACAAACUGGACAGCAUCAUAAACAAAUUUGCACAUUCGAAGGUUGUGGCAAACGCUUUUCACUGGACUUCAAUUUACGCACGCAUGUGCGGAUUCAUACUGGAGACAGGCCCUAUGUGUGCCCUUUUGAUGGCUGUAACAAGAAGUUUGCUCAGUCCACUAACCUGAAGUCUCACAUCUUAACACACGCUAAGGCCAAAAACAACCAGUGAAACUGCAAGAAGAAACCUCUUGAACUCAAAGCGUCUUACCUUACAGGAGAAUGGUUGAAAAUACAUAAGCCUCCCCCCCUUUGUAUAUUGUUUCUAGGAAAGAAUUUAAAAAAACAAAAAAAGAACCCUAUGCGCCUAAAGGACUUUUUUUUGAUAAAGUAGCAAAAUAAACUUUUAAGGCAGCAUUGCUGCAAUGUGCGAUUUUGCUCUGCAAUUUGGUUUCAAGAGCAUGGUGUUUUUCUAAAGUGUGGCUCCACUCGGAGGAGGCAGACAGUUCAUGGACUUGCAUCAGAGACAGUUCUUUCUACAACAGUGCUAAAAUUGGACUUUUCACGUUGUUAUAAAUAUGAAUUUCACCUGUUGCUUACAAUUUUUUAAUUUUGUAUUUUUCCAAGUGUGCAUAUUGUACACUUUUUGGGGAUAUGCCUAGUAAUGCUAUGUGUGAUUUUUUUUCUGGAGGUUGAUAACUUUGCUUGCAGUAGAUUUUCUUUAAAAGAAUGGGCAGUUACAUGCAUACUUCAAAAGUAUUUUCCUGUAAAGAGAAAAAAAGUUAUAUAGGUUUCGUUUGCUAUCUUAAUUUUUUUGGUUGUAUUCUUUGAUGUUAACACAUUUUGUAUAAUUGUAUCGUAUAGCUGUAAUGAAAUCAUGUAGUAACAAAUAUUAGAUGUGAUUUAAUAGUGUUAAUCAACCUAAAACCCAUUUUAGUCACUUUUUUGGAAAAAAAUACUGCCAGAUGCCAAUGUUCCGUGUACUUUCUCUUUGCCUGUUCAGUUAAGGAAAGUGGUGCUCAGUUGUAGAAUGUAUUGUACAGGCACUGACUUUUGAACAACACCUGAUAUGUACAUCCCGUGUAAAAGAGUGGGCAACAAUAAACCAGUGGUCCUGAAGAAAGAAAAUGGCAGAAAAUUAUCUGUAAGCACAGCCUGUUUUCUUCUGUUGUCCAGAACAAAUUAUAGUUCUUUAACCUCCCAGAAUUUGGAAGAUAAAUAAAAAUUCAAGUUACCUUUA